GGGCUGAUGAAAUCCUUCCAGCUCAGUAACUGCUGGCAGAGAAGGGGAAAAACACCGGGAGAACGUGCAAAAGCAUGUGCUGAGCGUUCCCCACGUCCGUCCCAGCCGCCCGCAGGCCCUCCCAUCUGCAAACCCUGCCAGCCCUUGGCUCACACGGCGUUUCCAGCCGUUCUGAGCAUGCACAGCUGCUGGCGCAUGAGCAGCUGAGGCCAAGGCCGCAGACGCCAACAGGGCCCUGCUUCUCCCCGGCUGUGUUUGUAGGGCCAGGCUGGGGGUUGAGCGCUCCGGCUUCCCCGAGCGCGAUGGAGCAGCUGGGGAAGCGGUCGGGGCCGGCGGCUCGGCUGGACACCAUCCUCCGGCACCUCUCCCCGCGGCUGGGAGCAGCCCCCGCUCUUACAAGCAUUCCUACUUCAGCCCAAGUUAGUGCUGUCCCUCAGCCAGGGAGGUUUCGCUAUACCCUGGCCAACAAUGUCCUCACCACAGAGCAAAGGCAGUUCUAUGAAGACAACGGGUAUCUGCUCAUUAAGAAGCUCAUUUCUGACAAAGACAUUGAGCGCUUCAGGAAGGAGUUCAUCAGGAUCUGUAAAAAAGAGGUGAAUCCACCAGGAGCUAUGAUUAUGAAAGAUGAGUCCCUGAGAUUCCUGUAUGGUCAGUCUGAGAAAGCAAUUAAUAAAGUGCAGGACUUCCAGGAAGAUGAAGAGUUGUUCAGAUACUGUACACUGCCAGAGGUCCUCAGAUAUGUGGAGUGCUUCACAGGGCCAAACAUCAUGGCAAUGCACACCAUGCUGAUUAAUAAACUUCCAGAUUCUGAUAAACAGACUUUCCUCCACCCCAUGCAUCAGGACUUGCACUAUUUCCCCUUCCGGCCCGCGGACCUCAUCGUGUGCGCCUGGACCGCCAUGGAGAGGGCCGACCAGAACAACGGGUGCCUGGUUGUGCAGCCAGGGACGCACAAGGAGCCCCUGAAGCCUCACGGCUAUCCAGAGUGGGAGGGUAAAACCAACAAACUUUUCCAUGGGCUGCUUGAUGAGGAUGAGAAGAGUCCCAAAGUUCACCUUGUCAUGGAGAAGGGAGACACAGUGUUCUUCCAUCCCCUGCUCAUUCACGGCUCUGGCAUAAACAAGACAACAGGUUUCCGAAAGAGUAUAAGCUGUCACUUCGCCAGCUCGGAGUGCUACUACAUUGACGUCAAGAACACGACGCAAGAGCACCUGGAGAAAGAGCUGGCAGAUAUGUUUGAAAAGAGAUACAACAUGACAUCCGUGGAACUCAGGGACAUUUGGAGCUUCCGAGCACGGCUUGUGCAAGGGGAAAGAAUCAACCUGUAGAACAACCUCUGAAGAGCACGAUGGAGAACACGUGUCUGAGAAUGAGCUGCUCCGACCAGAGAGCGCAGACAGCACCUCUGCAAUAGGAACAGCGUGUGGUUUGAUGACCUCUGUGCUGGUAACAGCCAAAUGCUGCACUGCAAAAUCAUUUUAUGCUAAUACAAAAUAAUUGCACUGAGGCUGAAUAGCUGAUGUACAUCAAAGAAAACCUGGCCUAGAUUUGCUGUGGUUAUCUUAGACAAUUGAAGAAUUAGUCUUGAAAGAACACCUUGACAUUUUUGAUUGUUUUCAUUCUUGGUUUUUAGAAGUUUCUCAUGUGGCAUACCUUUGGAAUGAUGAUAUACUAACAUAAGAUUUUAUGCAAGGGUAUGUUUUUUAAUGUUUCCAACCUCCUUUUCUAUGCAAAAGAAAUACAAUUAAUCAGAGUUUCAUGCAAGCCAGUGGUAUGAGCUCGCACGGGAAGUUGCUAAUGCAGCUGAUGAAGGUGAGGAUAUUGGUACCAGCAGAAUCAACUGUUGUUAGGAACUGGAUAAAGGGGAAGCAGUAACUGCUCACAGAGAAAAAUGGGAAUGAUCACUAGUAGAGUUCCUCAAACGUGAGCUGGUGUGGCAUCAUAUCUUACCAAGCAGCGCUGGCACAAGUGAAAUAUGUGGCUGACAGGGUUGGGAGCUACUGGACCGCAAACCAGCCUCCCGUUGGCCUUGUGCAACCAGUCCAAGGCGGUUGGAAACAAGGGAGUCCCCCUUGUAGGCUGGUGGCUCUGGGAAAAGGUGCUGCUAGGUCAGGGAGGCUGUUAGAUGCUCCUCAGGAUGUGCCGGUGGCAGGGUGAUGUGCAUCAAAAUGAGCCUCUCGCCUUUCGCAAUGUUUUUCAUUGCUUUCUGAAAGAUUCUCUUACUUUCAGAAUCUAUUUUUUUUUAAAUACUGAUUAAAUCAGAGCAAAACUGCA